AUGAGUGGCGAACAGAGGGUUGCCAGGGAUCACUACAAAGGGGUAUGUUUGAUAGAAAAAGUGAGUAAGAGAGAAACGACUGCGCUUACAGUAAAAUCAAAUGGCAAGAAGGCUUAUGGAUUGUAUCAGAUACCCAGUGAGUGGUGUAAAGAAGGCAAACGCGGUGGACGCUGUAAUAUAAAAUGUGAAGCUCUGCUAGACGAUGACAUCCGUGAUGACACAGCAUGCGCCUUGAAGAUCAUGGAGGAACACGGCUUCCAGUACUGGUCCCUGUGGACUACGAGGUGCAAGAACGAUAACUUCAUUACCAAUGAGAUUUAUAAACGGCGAGUCAGGUUGGCUCGCUGCCCGACCAGAACCAGACCCGAGUGUGGGUCGCGUAGCGUUCUGCACGCGCCUAAAGACCCAAAUAGACCACCACAGGCGGGGCCCUGUAGGGCUGAUGUUCAGCCGGGGUUGCGGGGAGAAAGAGGCAUAUCAAAGGAGCCCAAGCUCGAUAUGUUUAACAGAAAGCAGGCCAUCGUUCCGAUUCUCCGAAACCCUUAUAUCCAUAAGGCUUGCAACGCACUGGUGUUGCAGAUAUCCAUGGGCGGCACCGAUUGUUUACCAUCAGGUACUUAA